CCUAUUCAGAUGGCGGAUUGGAAGAUAUCUUGGAGCUGCAUAGCACUCUGUAUGCUCCUGUGCGUAUUCCGCGUGUGCGGACAGUGGGAGUUUCCUGCCCAGUAUCCGAAAUCGUAUCCCAAUCCGAAUCCGAAUCCUGUGCCGGAUCCAAGCAGGUGGGAUUUCAACAACUACAAUAGCUACGGUUACAACGGUCUGUGGGCGCCGGGCUACUUUAAUAACUACGGCUAUUAUAGACCGCCGCCACCACCACCUCCUCCGCCAUGUGGAAGACCACCACCACCGGGCCCGCCUCCACCUGGUCCUCCGCCCGGUUGCCCUGGAGGUCCGCCUCCGCCGCCGCAACGACAAUGGGGCAAUGGCGCCAGGCAGUGGCAACCACGUCGUCCGCCACCCAAUCACCAUCGCAACUUCCACAACAUCUUCCUGAACACCGAAAGCAAAGUGGAUGGGGAGAACUACAACAAGUCCGCGGAGACGGAGGAUUUGCACGACGACUUCAAUGGACGAUCCAUUGUGGCACCUGGACAGUACCCGCACAUGGCCGCUCUGGGAUUCCGGAACGAGAACCACGAGAUCGACUACAAAUGCGGAGGAAGCCUCAUCAGCGAAGACUUCGUGCUCACAGCUGCUCAUUGCCUGAUUACUCAUGGCACCUCGCCCGACAUCGUGAAAAUCGGAGACAUUAAGCUGAAGGAGUGGGAGGACAACGUGGCGCCCCAAAGACGACGUGUUGCCAAGAUCUAUCUGCACCCACUGUACAAUGCGAGUCUCAACUACCAUGAUAUCGGGCUCAUCCAGCUGAAUCGACCGGUGGAAUACACCUGGUUCGUGAGGCCAGCUCGCUUGUGGCCCAUGCACGACAUUCCAUACGGCAAGCUGCACACCAUGGGCUAUGGCUCGACGGGAUUCGCCCAGCCGCAGACGAACAUACUCACGGAACUGGAUCUCUCGGUGGUGCCCAUUGAGCAGUGCAACUCCAGUCUGCCCGCCGACGAAGGUUCGCCCUACGGAUUACUCACAAGUCAGAUAUGCGCCCAUGACUAUGAGAAAAAUCGCGAUACUUGCCAGGGCGAUUCUGGAGGACCGCUUCAACUGAACUUGGAACGUCGGCGUCGAAGGCACAGAAGUCGUAGACACUAUCGCUACUACCUGGUGGGCAUCACUUCGUAUGGAGCCUAUUGUCGCAGUGAACUUCCAGGUGUUUAUACGCGUGUUUCAUCCUAUAUCGAUUGGAUAGCAUCAAAAGUGUGGCCUAAUUAUUAUAGCGAAUUUACUAAUCAAUAAAAAACAGUCAGUAAAAUGUUACAAACAAAAA